AUGGUACUUGAGGAGAUCGCUUGUACCAGAGCAAUACGCGUAUUAGUGCGCAGUGGGUGGGAGCUCCUGUCUUUACUUGGAGAGGAGGCUACCGGAGAAUUCUUCCCCCGACGACUCCGCCCACUCGUUUUGAUUUCGCACCUCGGCCUCGAUGGGUUCAUCGGCGUGCGCAGCCUCUCAUUGGCCGCCGGCGGCGAAGGCGUGGUCUAG